UGUUGGGGGCGGGGGGAAGGGAGAUGGGGAGGGGGGAGGCGGAGUCAGCGUACUGCUGCAGCUGUCCAUGGUUGUGUAGUGGGAGCCAGAGAGGGUCCUGGUACGUGCGAGAUGCGGCCAUAGUCACGCUUACACUCUCUACAAUCACAACCUGCCGGGAUCGUUAGUUUUGCAGCACAUCAGAGCCGACUGAAAGCCCGCAGACGUAAAGGCACCAUGGCUGAGCAGCAGAGGCAGCGUUCUCUGUCCACCGCCGGUGAGUCUCUCUACCACGUGUUGGGAGUUGAGAAGAUGGCCACGACGGAUGACAUCAAGAGAUCUUACAGGAAGCUGGCGUUGAAGUUCCACCCCGACAAGAAUCCUGACAAUCCAGAGGCGGCGGAUAAGUUCAAGGAGAUAAACAACGCACAUGCGAUUCUGAAUGACCCCACGAAGCGUAAUAUUUACGACAAAUAUGGCUCUCUGGGACUGUAUGUGGCUGAGCAGUUUGGAGAGGAGAACGUUAACACUUACUUUGUCCUUUCAAGCUGGUGGGCAAAGGCUCUGUUUGUAUUCUGCGGCCUGGCUACCGGCUGCUAUUUCUGUUGCUGCCUGUGUUGCUGCUGUAACUGCUGCUGUGGAAGAUGUAAACCACGGCCUCGAGAGGGCCAGGACCAGGACUUUUAUGUGUCCCCUGAGGAUCUGGAGGCUCAGCUGCAGUCCGAUGAGAGAGAGGCUGGUGGUGACCCUAUAGUGCUGCAACCGUCAGCGACAGAGACAACCCAGUUAACAUCGGAUGGGCACCACUCCUACCACACUGACACCGGCUUCAACUAACACCCUCCGCUCCCAUCAAUCCUGGCCUGCGGUCCUGCCUGCUUCCCUGCUCCACCUCAGUGAGACGAAAGAAAGGGGCAAUCCAUCUUUUCACUUCAGAGAGAGAGAGAGCCAUGUGAGAGGAGAGGGACUAGUAAGCAUGGCCCAUGAAAGGAACUAAUGAAGUCACAUCCCUUACACCCCUCCCUGAUUGGUCCAUCUACUUAUCCCCCUCCCCCUUCCCCACCCCAACCUACCCCAAGUACGAGAAGAAAAGAGAAACAACUAAAUUGUUUCCUUUUUAAUUUCUUCUUUUGUAUUUCUUGGCCUUUAACCACACAGGUCGCCUACCCCACUUUCCCCUCUCCCAUAUUUUGCAUCAUGGUGUAGCAUGCACUGUUUCUAAAACACUGUUUUCUUUUAUCGUUUGCGACAUUUUUACUUUGCAAGACUCAUAAUGUAGGUGCAAUACGUUCACAUGAGUACAGUUCACUGGGAGGAGGAGGAGGAGGAGGGGGGUAAAGUUUACGUGAUAUGUUAUGCUAAAGGAAAAGGAGAGCCAUGGCUCAGGGAGGUGCUGGUUAGAGAGGUGUGUUUGUUGGGUGUAGGCGGUGCCAUCAUUAAACCUUAAAGAACAGAGCUGUCACAUAUUGGUUUAAUUUUCACUUCUGAUUUGCAAUCAAUAGCGUUUUAGUUGAGGAAACGCCACCUGCCAUCGUCAGACCUCCAGUGUGUCGUUGGCACUGAGUUCGUUUGUCCUUCGUCUGCCCCCCCUGAGUGUUUUUAACGUGAAUCAUGAGGUUGUUGAGGCACAGAGCUUUAUUAUUUGCAUAUGUAACAAUUCUUUAGUUAUUAAUUACUAUUGGCUUCUCUUUACUCUGCCACAGCUUUAUUUCAGCCCAUACUUGCAGGAUAGUUUCCCAUCUUUCCUGCAGCACUGAGCAGGUUGUUAUGACAAUUAUUAUCAAAGUAACUUUUACAUUGAUUCAUAAUUUAUUAGUUUCCCAGCCAGACCUAACCAUUAAUCACUGUUAUUUUUUAUUUUUUACAUAUUAGCAGUUACAUGUGAUAUAUUAAAAAUGUUGACACUGACUUCAUAAAUUAGUAUAACCUUUUAAAUGAAUCUCACACAAAAUACUGAUAAUUAACAUUUUAAUAAUGUAGUUUUUCAUUAGUGGAUGAAAUUUUUAUUUUUUCAUUUCUUAUUGGAAUCCUGUGCUGAGUUGCUGCUGUCUUUUCUUUUUCUUUCCUCAGUGGCAAAACAAUUUUUAGAGACAUUACAACUCACUGAGACUGAGAGACAUUCAUCUUAUCUGAUUAUGGCAGUUAUUGUUGUUGUUGUUUACUUAUUGAUUUUGUGCUAUACAAAGCCAAGGAGGUCCAGGUACUCCAGCUGACUCUGAUCAGAGCUGUUAAAAGGCAGAUUGGACAGAUCUCUAUCAGCAGCUGCAGCCCUGGUUCAGAGGGUGACAUGUUUUAACUCUGAGCUGUCUUGAAUAUUAUUGAGUAGUUAAUGUGAUGUGAAAAGAAAAAAACUUUGGGAGGUAAAGCUGCCUGCAGAAUAUCCACAUGUGGGUAUUUUAUGGUAGGGAGGAAUAUGAACGUCAUCAUGUUUUUUAGUCCUUGUGUUUUGAACUGAAGUCUGACGACUCUGACAUUUUGUCCAAUGCUGUGAUUGUUCAUCAUUUUUUUGACUUGUUUGAAUCCAUAUAGAGUAAGAAGCUUGUGAGGCAUAUCAUCUGUGAGCCAGUGCUACAGGCAGCUCCGAGUAAAACGACUCUAGAUUUUUUCAUACUACUGAAUUUGCGUAUAUUGCGACACAUUUGCAAAAUCGCCAUAAAUUGCCAUGAACAUCUUUGCCACUUUUGUCAGUUUCAUAACUGCUAAUAAUGUGUUUCAAUGGUUUACAAUUGGUGAGCUCCUGUUGCCCACCCUCUGCUAUUAACGGUAUGGAUGUUCACCUCUGUGGCCCUUGUAUGAUGUUUCCUGUAACCCUUGAUAAAAACAUAGAUGUUCCUGUCAUGGCUUUUUCAUUGAGAUACUGAAAAAUGCUACUGUAAAUGUUCUAAGUUGAAUGCACUGUGUGUUUAAAAAAAUUAUAAUGGAUCAAUGAUCAGGAAAUGAAUCAAUAAAAAGACAAAACAUAGUAUAUAGUGUAACUAUAGUGAAAUGGUUAUAUGAUGCAUUUUUGGAAUUUCAUUUAUUUCAUACUUUGUCAUGUUUCAGAUGAUGAUUGGCUAUAAUUUUAACUGGUAUGGUGUUGUAACGUGACCAUUAAAUUUUGCAAGGAAUGGUUUAAUGGUUAAGGUCGCUUGUACAUACACUUGGCCCAUAUAAAGUAUAAACCUUAACGUUUAUGUUGUAGCAUGGUAAUUGUGUGUCUGGAAGAAAACAAGUGGAUCAUUGAUCUGAUUUGCUGUUGUUGAAUAAAUGUUCAUGAACAUUUUGA